AUGGAAUCAGAAAAUAUCUGCUCAGCAUGCAGCUGGACCCCAGCACGCCAAAAAGCAUGCCACUAUAACAGCCACAUUAAGAUCUUCUACGGCGUCUCCACUCGAGCAUGGUCCCUAGGCUCAAAACUCAUCCUCAAAGAAAGACCCGCCGCGCCGCCUAAUUUCGAAUCCAUCAACAUAGCAUUCCUAGCAGAAAGAACUUCCAUUCCUAUACCCGAGAUUAUGGAAGCCUGGGAAGAAGAAGAUAUGUCCUUUAAGAUGAGCAGGCGAAUUCCAGGACAGAACUUGGAUGAGGCGUGGCCUAUACUAUCCGAAGAGGACAGAGAGCGCAUCGCAAAACAGAUGGCGGAUUACCUCAUUCAACUUCGAGGGCUCCAGUCAACUCGCAUGGAAUCUCUAGAUGAGAAGCCGUUAUAUCACGCAUUUCUAUUCGGAAGCUACUAUGGGACUCCGCAUGAACCCAUGUCUUCUGACGAGGAAUUCUGGAAUCAGAUGGCCUUGGCUUUAUCACACGUACCAGAGGAGAUUCGCUUGAGACUACGUGAACGAAUGCCAACUGCCGCAACUUAUACGUUCAGCCAUACGGAUUUAACCAGUGUGAAUAUCAUGGUGGAGAAUGGUAACUUGUCAGGUAUUAUCGAUUGGGAAGGGGCUGGAAUUUAUCCUGUUUGGUGGGAGUUUGCGUGUGCUGGAAUUGGUCUUGGGGAAGAGGAUAAGCAGUGGAAGGAUACCCUGCGCAAGUAUAUGCCGAAAUUUGAGGAGGGUCACAAUUUUUGGUUGGAUUUAUGUUCCUUGCGUCGGUAUCCGGAUUUGAAUGAGAGGGGUUUGGCUUUUUUGAAGGAUUGUGGUUUUGCUUUACCCAAGGCAUGA